ACGCACACCAUGAGCGAGCCACGAGAGCCGUCGAGUAGAGCAGCCGGGAGAGCAGCGGCUUGCGCCGCGACUCGCGAGUGCAGCGGCGGCAUUCGCGCUUCUAACAUGGCAGCGGCUACCAGCGUUGUCGUGCUCGACCGGGGCAACAACACCACCUGUACCAUCAACCUUCACGGUGCGACCGUGGUGUCUUGGAGGGUGAACAACCAGGAGCAGCUGUUUGUCAGCAAGCAGGCGGUCUUCGACGGCAAGAAGGCGAUCCGAGGCGGCAUUCCAUUCGUCUUUCCGCAAUUCGGGGCCUGGACCUUCGGCCCCGGCCACGGCUUCGCCAGGAUAAUCCGUUGGACGGUGGAGAAGUCGCCCGAGCGUCUGCCGAGCGGCGACGUCGAGGCCAUCUUCUCCCUCAUGGACAACGAGUUCACGCGCUCCAUGUGGAAUUACCCCUUCAGGUUGACCUACAGGCUGAUCCUGCGGGAGAAGGAGCUGCACUUCAACAUCGGCGUCUACAACCCGAGCAAGGAGCACACCUUCAGCUUCAACCUGCUGCUGCACACGUACUUCAAGGUGCCGGACGUCAGGCGCUGCCAGAUCACCGGGCUGCACGGCUGCACCUUCAUCGACAAGACGCGGGACAACCAGAUCUUCCAGGAGGGCCGGGACGUGGUGACGGUCUGCGAGUGGACGGACCGCAUCUACCAGAACACCCAGCCCGAGCACAUAAUCACGAACGUCGUGUCGGGCAGGAAGAUGCGCGUCCAGAAGUACAACUUCCCGGACACGGUCGUCUGGAACCCCUGGCUCGAGAAGGCCCGCGACAUCCCGGACUUCGGGGACGACGAGUUCCCCAACAUGAUCUGCGUCGAGAGCGGCCACGUCAGCAGUCCCGUCAUCCUGCUGCCGGGCACGGCUUUCGAGGCUAGCCAAAUUCUUCAGGUGAUGUGAGUAGAGGGUGGCGGAGGAUCCUCGCAAAACAGCGGCUCCGGCGGUGCUCGUGGCAGCGGCACCAGCAGCACCACCACCACCACCAGCAGCAGCAGCAGCAGCAACAUCGGCAACGCGGUCCUUAGCAACGAUCUCUUCGGCGGCAACAGCGCUGCCGGCACUGCCGGCAACUCCAUGCUGUGGCCCAGCGGUGCCAGCUGGCUGUACGUCGCGGCGCCUCCGGCCUCCUCUCACGUGCCGCAGUCCGUCCAGCAGCAUCACCAUCAGCACCAUCAACACCACGUGCACGCCCACUGCGUCGCCCAAAGCUGCGCCAUUUGCUCGCUCAACCUCUAGCUGACGCAGGAGAUGGACGAAAGCUGAGUGUGAUGCGCGGGAUCCCAUUCCGAGUACAUAGAGAUAUGAUUAGUGCGUCUUUCCAAAUUGACAUUCGCUCGCGGAGCUCAAUGUUCCGAAAGGCUCGACAUACUCGAGUAUCUCUGACGCGCGAGUAUCGACGCCCCAACACGCGAGCGCGCGCAGUCUGUGAGAUUACGCGCCUGUCUCUCCGAAAGUCGUGCAUAUGAGUAAUGAGUAUACAUACGUAUGUGCGUUAACAAUUACGCUCGCGUUACUUGGGACUACUUGGGAGACAGAAUGCAUGCAUAUAAUUGAAGGAUCGAAUAAAGAGUUCUUUCAUCCGAAAUCUACUACGAUUCCACUAUUGAAAUAUUCUUGCGCAUGUAGGCCGCGCGGGCAGAUCCGCUCGUUCUACUGCAUUGAAAACCAUGCAGAUAAUAAUGCUUGCAGGAUUACGGAUGAUCACAAGCGUUAUCUAUAGUAUACAUGUAGCAGUUAAUCGAGAUUUUUACAUUUCACAUUCAGAUUCCUCGAUAAAAGAGACAGGGCGCUUUUUGUACGAUUGAAUAGGCAGAUUAUGGUGCUAUAGCUCUAUAUCCAACUUCCCACGAUAAAUACUUGAAUGGUUCACAGACUACGAAAUCAUCAAACAAAUGCAAUACGCACAGACGUAAAAUGUACGCGGUACGAGACGAGUUAUGAGAGAAAACAAAUAAUAUGCCUCCUGCCAAAUUUUAAAUACUAUAGCAAUAGAAAAAUGUUGAGUAUAUCUGUGAGUCUUGCGCCGUUUAAUCAUGGCGAAGCAUCGAAGUACAUAUAAGCAAUAAUUACAUUCUAGUAUACAGUCGAUAUCUAUACAAUAAACGAAACAAAAAUAUAUUUGGUGUGAGUGUUCAGAAUCGAUAAACAAAAGUUAGCGUAUAUUAUAAAUGAAAAAAGUAGCAUUUCAGCGUCUAAAAGUGAGGGUUAAUAAUAUCCAUUAUGCACGGCGGAGACCGGUGAAUUUUUAAAAACGAACAAAUAACAUUCAAUUGCUAUUAUUGCCGAGAUAAUGAUUCCUUCUACAGGACAAUACUAAUUAUUUUGGAUCGAUUAAAAAUCGACGUGUUACUUCAAAUAUAAGUAGGCUUAGAGGAUAAUUUUACAUCGGUGCUUAAGUGGGAUAUUUAAAAAAAAAAUGACAUCAUAGUGCCAUUUGCAUCAUUUUAUUUAGAACAAUUUUUUUUUUUACUCAUUUCAUCUCUCGAUUUAUACUACAUUACUACAUCGACGAAAUUUCCAUAAAAAGUUUCCUUUUUUCAAAAUAAAAUUCGACAAAGAUCGAUGUAUCGCUCGUAUACUCCGGUUCCUAUAUCUUACUUUGCUACGAUAUAUUACUUACAGCAGGUACAUAGUACAUUAUUAAAGAGCGCAACGUUGUGGGAAAUGAAGCGAUUCAACUGCUUUUAGUUCAAUUAAGAUUUUAAAAUAUAUAAUGUAACAAGUGGAUUGUGUACAACGCUGUAACACUGUUACAAACUUUGGUUUUGUAGAGGCUAGUAGUACCUUUCAUCGUUAUGAUACAAGAUUUAUUGAUUUUUAUACCUUUCUUUCCCAUGUUAGCACUAUGAUAUAUAAGAUUCAGUCUUCCAUUGUAUUUUUCAGUUUGUUAAGAACGUUCUGCAACUUUAUGCCGAACUAUCGAUGUAAUAUUUUGUUUUUGUUUCUAUUUUCAACGAAUACAAACGCAGAAAACUCAGAGUUCUUAAACAUGAAUUAAAGUGUACUUUUUUUUGGGAAAGUGCAAUAAAAAUUUGGAAAAUAUUUUCAA